GUAUUAAAUGGUCCAUCCAAUUCCUGAUUUCCUCCUCCCCCUUGAAAUGCCCAAUUCUAUUAAAACUUAAGGUUAAACUUUAAACUGAAAAUUAGUAAAUUACUAUUGAAAAGCUCGAGAAAUUCAAUUUUGUUAAUAUUUUAAGUUUCUAUCAUUGUCUGAUCAAAGAGGGGUUUUUAUAGCUGUAAUUGUGAAGCUAUGGAGGUGGAAUUGGUUACCGAUGGUAUGUCGGAGGAUGAAAAUUACGUUGCCGAUGAUAUUAACGUUGAUGAGUAUCUGAACCUCGAGGGUGAAAGAUGUGGGAUUUGCAUGGAUGUUGUAAUUGACAGAGGCGUCAUCGAUUGCUGCCAACAUUGGUUCUGUUUUGCAUGCAUUGACAACUGGGCUACCAUCACAAGCCUAUGCCCACUUUGCCAGAAUGAGUUUCAACUGAUAACUUGUGUGCCCGUAUAUGAUACAAUUGGUAACAACAAGAUUGAUGAGGAUUCAUAUCAAAGAGAUGAUGAUUGGAGCAUUGAAGGGAAAAACAACACCCUUUCUUUUCCAUCAUACUAUAUUGAUGAAAAUGCAGUUGUGUGCUUGGACGGAGAUGACUGCAAAAUUCGGAAUGGAUUGAUUGCUAUUGAAGAAGAUUCAGAUAUUGAUACAUCCAUUGCUUGCGAUUCAUGUGAUAAAUGGUAUCAUGCUUUUUGUGUGGGAUUUGAUCCUGAAGCCAUAUGUGAGAACUCCUGGCUCUGUCCAAGGUGUGUAGUGGAUAUGCCACAGAAGUUAGCUGAGAUUUCAGGAUUAAGUUCAAGCAACAAGCAUGAUGAUACAAGCUUAACUGGUGAUUGUUCGAUGGAAGCUUCUUUAGCAGGAAGAGUAUCGAUAUCUGUAGCUGAUGUUGGGGAGACAGCUGUAGUUGUCUCACUAGUUGAAAGAAACCAGAGUGAAGAAUUAAGUGUCUCAGCCUUACACGGAAAGGACACAGAAAACACAUUUAUAUCUGCUUCCCUAGCUGAUAUGCCGAAGUUGGAAGCACCAUCGAGCAGUAGUGCUUGCACAGUACCAAACUUCGGGGGACAAGAACUAGAGCUUUACCUAAAUACGGAUGAUGAAGAGAUAAGAAGACCAAGAUGUUUGAUGAACAAAUUUUCUGAUUCUGGUUUAGAUUGUAAUUUUGGUUUAUCAGUGGGCACAUCUACAGCUGUCGACGUGAUACACAAUAAAAAUGCUGAAGAUCAGGUGCCUGGAUAUGUGGAACUGAAAAAUAGUUCGGAGGAAUCCCUUUUACCAGCUGACAAUGUGAUGCCAGAUAAUAAGGAAGUGCUUUCAGUUGACAAUGUAACAUCAGAUGCAAGAAAUAAUGUGGUUGGAAUUAGUGGUUCUAAGAGAAAGCAAAGAGAUAACAGGUUGUUACAGUUAAUCAAACUUAUCUUUUUUAGUUCUCACCAAGUAAUAUGCUUUAAAUGUUGUUGGAUUCCCAAAAUGCUGUGUUCCGAUUCAUUUUGUGCUCUAAAUCCAAUAUUGACCACAAGGAUUCAGGUGCCUAUGCUUUAUUGGCUGUACAAAGAAAAAGAAAGAAUGGGGAAAGAAGAAGAUCCCACAGUAGAAGAAGAAAAUAGGAAGAGAGAAGAAGAGCGGGGAAGAGCAUAUUUGCCUUUUGCGAAACCAAAAGUUAAAUCUGUUCAAAUUGUUGGAAGAUUUGACUUUCUUUGUUCACUGUGCCCUUCACCUCGUAAUUCAGAAAAGAGAAGAGUUGUACAAAUUAUCUAUUCCUCUUCAUAUUUCUGUCUCAAUUGCUUUUACACUGUAAUCUCCAACACAAACACAAUUGAUCUAGAAUUUGUUGUACAGGCUCAACUUUACCGAUUGAUUGAGCACUUUUUGACGAAAGCCAAUAUAUCAGUCAUUCGCAGAACUGCUGAAACAGAGUUGGCUGUUGCUGAUGCUGUCAAUAUUGAAAAAGGGAUUGCCGAUAAGUCAAAUAGCAAGCUAGUAUAUAUGAAUCUGUGCUCACAGGAGUUAUUGCGUAGAUCAGACAAUGCCAGUUCAAGUAGAACUACCGAAUCAAAUCCUUCUCAGACUUCCGAAUAUCCUUCUGAAGGACUGGUAGAAGAAACCAUUACUUGCUCCAUGGAUACUGAGGUCAACGAAGCAUUGAAAACUGCAGGGCUUAUGCCCGAUUCCCCUCCAAAUAGUCCCAGUUGCCCAAGUUUGUUGGAAGAAGACGAGGGACCUGAUAAUGUCUUUGAAAUUGAUUCUCAUCAGGAACUUGAUAUUUAUGGUGAUUUCGAGUAUAAUUUGGAAGAGAAUGACUUCAUUGGUGCUGGUGCGUUAAAGAUCUCUAAGCCUACCGAAGACUCAAAAAUCAGAGUCGUUUUCUCAACCCUUAGUCCCAAAAAAUCAAUUGGCACUUUGUGUCCCCUGAAUCAUCAGGGACCCACAAAUCAUGAAGCUUUGAACAAUUCAUCUUGCUUGCCCGUGUCUCAGACUAGUCUUGGAGGCUCAACUGUGGACGGUGGAACUGUCAACUGCCUUGACCAAAAUAUUUUGAUCCAUAGAGAUGAAGAACCUUCACCUGAUGAAUGUGAAGAACUCUAUGGACCCGAUAAAGAACCACUUAUUCAAAAGUAUCCUGAGACGGUAGCAGUAAAACCAUAUAAGCAUAUGAUCAAUCACGAGUUUCAUGGAGAAAAUGGCAAUCAUGAGGACAAUCAAAUGGAGAAGGAAUCUGAAGCAGGUGGUGCGAGUUGUGUGGAUAGCCUGGAAGUUUCCAAUGUUCCUCACUGCGCUUCUGUUUCGAAAGAAUCACCUCACCAUUCACGAGCAAGCGAAAAUGCUGCAAAGAAGGAGAAGACAUCUAAGACCGACGUCGAGAAGCAAUCAGAGAGAAAUAACAUUGUGUCAAAGAAGGUCGAAUCCUACAUAAAAGAACACAUCAGACCACUGUGCAAGAGUGGUGUGAUCACAGUCGAAGAAUACAGGUGGGCCGUUGGCAAAACAACUGAGAAAGUUAUGAAAUACCACUCAAAAGAUAAGAAUGCAAAUUUCCUCGUCAAGGAAGGUGAGAAAGUGAAGAAACUUGCUGAACAGUAUGUUGAAGCUGCCCAGCAGAAGGCAAAAAAUUAAUCAGUACAUGAUUGCCGCAGUCCCCAAACAUUAUUGCCUGGAGCAUUUAGCUCCCCAACUUUCAAUUUUGGUGCUAGUCAGUCCUCCUGGAUGGAAACUGUUCAAAAUUCUGUCGAAUGGUUGCUCAACCUGCAUGUGACCACUUAUGCCAUGGGUAUUACUGUCCACUCAUAAAGAAUAAAAUGCUUAAUGAAGUCAGAGGUGUUUGUUCCUGCAUCUUCUUCAGUCAGGGGCAUGAACUGGUAAGGAGAAUAUGUUGUUCCUGCUUAUCUCCAUGCUGGAAACAAUCUCACCUUCUUGUUCACUUGGUGCCAUUUCUCCACUUCUUAUGCUUUCAAUUUCGUUUCUUCUCCGGUCAAGUUCAGAAAUGAUUUUGAUCUUCCCUUGUAGUUCAAAUGGGCUGCCCAUAUUUGAGUUUCUUUCAAUUUCAAAUCUUAAUUUAAUGGUUAAAUUUCUCUGCCUCCAACAACAGUCCCAUCACAUGUAGAGGAGCUGAAAAGAAUCUGUUGCUUUAAAAUUCCCUUGGAAUGGACUGUGGUCCCGAGUUUGGUCAUACUAUUUUAUGGGAGUGAAAGAGGAAUCUGUCUCCAAAAUUUAUUCUUCUAAAAUGAAAUACACUGCAAGGCUUUACUUGAUUAUUCGAAGCACAGUUGCCAUAGGCUGGCAUUUCAAAUGAAAUCUGGAAUUCCAACAGGUCACUUGAUUCAAUAUUAUUAACUAGUUAUCAGAUGCAGUCAUCCUCGGAAUGCAGAUUAUCCUGAUUCUGAAGAAUAGAAGCAGCCAUUUCUUAUACCCAUAGUAGAGCUAUGAGUAGCUGCCUGAUAGAGGCUGAGAAAUAGCAAGGGCCAACAGAAAAAGAGCUUCCCCUCCAAGAAGGAGGGUGGUUCAAUUGCUAAGUACUGUUGGCAACAGCGUACCAAAUGCAAGAGUAAUGACCAACACUCUUAAGAUGCUGUUGAAAGUGGUGAAAUGAAAUUCAUGUUGGAAAUGUUGGGCAUCCUUUCAAGUCUCGUGGAGGUCAUAGGAUUGUGUACGAACUGGUGCUUGUACGUGUGAGAUUUCUAAAAGUGUUAGAGAAGCUGAAAUCUUCUUCUUUCCACUUCCACAGAUUAUGCAAGAUGUUUCAGAUGUAGCAAACUGUCCGCUAUUGUGCUUUCUAAAGUGAACUGGAGAAAUGAUUUUCAAGGUGUCUACCUUUUAAUUUUUAGCGAGGAGACCGGAUAUGAUCUACUUGUGUUUUGCUUUGCAGGAGGGGAUUGUUGAUGUACUAAAAUGGAAGAAGAUCAAAAUCAUGUUGAUUCUGGCAGACAUGAGGCAGAACGACAAAUUCUCCUUUUAAGAACUUUAUUCUAAGUGGACCAAAGUACCCCCGCCAUAAGUGUUAACGCACCAAAAUUAUUUGUUUGUGGGGUCUGAACUCUGAAUGCUGGAAAAAAAUUGAAU